AUGUUCACCAUAAAAAAGAGACCAGUUCUUCCAUUCAUUGGUGGUUUCUGCAUCGGAAUCUUAAUUUCGGGAUCGUUACUUCUGUUUGUUUCACCGCGAAGCCGAAGAAACAGACCACCAGUGAAUAUCCAUCAAGGAGGCAGUGAAUUGGUAGCACGCGGUGUUUUAAACAAGAAUAGAAAUUUAAAACAUGACUUGUCGCCUCAAGCAGAUAGUUACAGAUCACAUCAGCGAAGUCGUCAGUGGUUGAAUAUUGACAACCAACUUGCCGAUACAAGGCGUCUAAAAAGUGUUCCCAGGUUUGCUCAUGAAGAAUUAUCUUUGAGAAAACUAUUGUAUAUUGGAAUGUUUAUGCCGAGUGAAGCGAUUGAUGACUGGGUACCAACUAUUGAGAAAACUUGGGCACAACAUACAAAACAUUAUGAUAUAUUCGUGAGUUCUCACGCUGAUAUACAUGGUGAAUUACAAUUAGUACAGCUUACAGAUAUUAAAGAUGCUGUCAGUAAUGGUACCAAACUGUUUUCAAUGUUGAAGUAUAUGUGUCAUCAUUAUAUAGAUGAGUAUAAUUGGUUUGUUAUUCUCCCAAAUCACAACACGUACAUCAGAUACAACGCAAUGGAGACAUUAUUCAAGCAGUUGAAUAAUUCACAGAUUCUAUAUAUAGGUCCUAAACAUAACAACAAACCUUACUGCAACACCGGGGCUGGAGUUGUGCUGAGCAGGAAGGCACUGCAGCAGAUAUGUCCAUAUUUAGACGAGUGUGCAGGAAAAGACAAAAUUAUGAAAUUUGAUGAAGUAUUUGGCAAGUGUAUGACUAAAUAUGCUGAGGUCAACUGCACUGAAGCAAAGCAGUUUCAAAAAUUAUUUGAUAACCUUAAUGAACAGGAAGAUGUUAAUGGGAAUUUAAUGGAUCAAUCCUUUUUAAAUAAUUUAUUAUCCAUGUAUCCGGUGAGACAAAGAAAAGAUAUGUAUCGAUUACAUCUCUAUUAUAGAAAUAGAACACUACAAACAGUACAGAAAGAUUUGCUAAGUCUUAUCAGUGUUGUAAACAAUAUGGACACACUGCAGCAAUCGUUUCUAAGUGUUGUCAAGGAAACAAAGGAUCGUUUAGUUUAUGGGCUUAGCAAAAACAAGUAUGUGACACUAUGGAAAAUUGUUGGGGACCACAUUAGAUUGUCAUCGUACAAAAUAGACGCUAAGAAUCACGAAGCAAGGACAGUGAUUGAGGAAGCUGUUAAGAGUCUUCCAGAUGACAUACAUUGGAAUAAGAUGACAGUUACUAUCUAUAGAAAAGAAAAUAUUGGUGAUAGUUUAGAAUAUAUUGUUAGUAUCCAUGGCGAUGGUAUCUACACCAUCACUGUCAAACAGCCAAUAGAUCAGUUAAUUGCUUUAUCUGCAAAGACAAUGCCAAAUGUACGCUUGAAUAUUAUUGUACCAUUGCAGGAAUAUGAUGCUAAUUUUCAGCAAUUUAUGAUGAAUUUAGAGAAAUCCUGUUUGCAAAACUAUCAGAGUUGUAACAUUUCGUUGCUUGCAGUCAUAUUUCAUGAGCCUCAACAAAGUAAUCUACUUGGUGCAAAGGAUUUGAUAUCUUUAUACCAACAUAAAUACCCUGCAACCAACCUAAGAUAUAUCGAAGUCCAUGGCAAAACAUACUCUCAAACUGAAGCCCUGAAAAUUGCUCUUUCUGAAUUCAACUUCAAUUCCCUUCUCGCCAUUUUAAACACAAAUACCAUUUUCAACUCAGACUUUCUUGAUCGUUGUCGACUUGCCACAAUACAGCAUAUACAAGCAUAUAUCCCUAUACCAUUUCAAUAUUUCUAUGGCAACAGUUAUUAUAAAUCUAGUAGUUUUAAUAAUUCCUUUGGCUUUUGGAAUUACCAAAAUAAGGAUACACUCUGUGUGUAUCGUUCUGACUUGCAUAUAUCUGCUGAGUUAAAGACAUUCACCGGAAACUCUUAUAUGGAAAAAUUCUCAAUUCCAUAUUCUGUUAGAAUAUUCCGUGUUUCUGACGAUGGACUUGCUUUGAAUGAUGAUUGUUUAUUACCAAGUUUGUCACAGAAAACUAAUGCUGACUCUCGGCGACCACGGCGCAGACGUUUCCACGCGAUCACAGAGUAUAAUACGAUGUACAAAAGUUAUCCACUAAGUAAAAACGAAAGUUUUAAGCCGACUGGUUGCUUGACGACAGAGGGCGGUAUAAUGAAUGGUACCACAACUCACAGGGACGAUUUUAAAACGUAUAAAAUCGAUAAACCAACCCCAAUCUAUCGAAAUGACCAGAUCGAGACAAACAUAGGCGAUAUGGACUUACGUACAUCAUACGAUAGUGAAUACUCAGUCAAGCAGAUCGAUCCAAACAGAUUUGUAAGACAAAAUGAACGCAAACCACUGGUUUCACCGGCCAAGUUUAGUGGCGAUCCCACAUACAAAGCUGACUAUCGAAAGUGGGAGGUGGGUAGACGCGAAGUAUUCAAAGCACCCGACGAAUACAAACCUUCCAAAGAUCCACUGGAAAAUACAACAACAUUUAGAAGAGAUUUCCAAGCGAAAAAAACAACUCCAGUGAAAUCGAUGAAGCCAGAGCAGAAAGUAGAUCAAUCAGACGAACCAAUCGAUACGAACACGUCUCAUAGAUUAGACUACGUGGUGCAUCCAAUACCACCAAAACAUGUAAGAGAAAAACCCCAGUAUACUCGGAAUACGGUCCAAAUGGACGCAAUGACGACAUCAAAACACGACUACACCGAAAAGAAAGCUAACAAAAUGGGAAGCUGUCGACCUAGUCAAGAACCCAUGAAGAGCGAAGAUCCAUUUAUAGAUGCAACUACCAACAAAUCUGACUAUCAGAAAUGGCAUGUAACGUUGCCUAAACUACACCAGGCGGAGGUAUACCAACAACCAGUCGGUGAAAUGGAUACCUUAACUACCUCCAAACGAGAUUUCCCUCCACGGCGAGUCGAUCGCGUAGUUGCUAAGAAACCAUCAUCCGACAACAAAAUGAUGGUUGGUGCAUUUUACGAUCAAACCAACUACAAAGAAGACUUCCGAAAUUGGGAAGGACACUCGCGUGAAAUCGGUGUGGAUCCGAGUCGCAAGCCAUAUGAGCAGCCAACAGAGCUAUUUGGUGGAGAAACCAAUUACCAAACCAAUUACAAGAAGAAACAAGCCAAACCUCGUCAUAAUUUCGCUCCAAAACAAACCCUUAAAGAAGAAGAGGAAUUCCAUGGAGAGACCAGUUACAAUGAAGAAUACUCACAGAAAAAGCUGAAAUCAAGUGAUCGCAGCAAAAAGAAAUUAAGACCAGACCACCAGAUAAUGCAGAGCAGUAGCACGCUGCCAAAAAUAGAAUCCAUGACAACGUCGAAACGUGAUUACACAUCCAAGCAAAUAACAAAACAGAGUAGUUUUAAACCUUCCCAUGAGCCUUUGCAUAGUGGGGAACCAUUUGAUGGCCAGACCACAAAUAAAAGUGACUAUACGCAGCAUGUCGUCAGACUUCCGAAACUACACGAAGCUGAGGUGUACAGUAAGCCAGAGGGUACAAUGGAAAUGGAGACUACAUUCUCACGUGACUUUCCCCCACGCAAGCUCGAAAAGAUUGUUAUGGCAAAACCCCCGACCAGAGCUAAAACUGAUGUGGGAGUAUUCGAUAGUACGACCAAUUACAGCAACGACUUUCAGAAAUACGAAAGUCAUCAGCCUGUAAAAGCUACAAAUCCAUCACGGAAACCCUACACAGAACCGGAAGAACCCUUCGCCAAGUCGAGCAGUUAUCAACGAGAAUAUGACCGCAAACCGAUUUCCGUUCGAAAGGCUAUAGUUCCGAAAGCAAACGAGUUGACAAACACGAACGACACGUUCGACACCAACACGCUGUACAAAAAUGAGUUCAUUCACCGAAAGUCACAAAAAAGAACAUCGAUGAAACCUCUUGGAUACGGUGGCUUUGUUAUGGAGUAUGGUGAAAACGAGGUGGAAUCAUCUAUCCUACCAGACACACCCAAUGCGACUACACCCCCUGUCCCAGCACAAGUUGUGGUUGCAUGA